GGAAAAGGAGUUAAAUAAGAGUAAUACAGUAUGUUAGAGAGAUAAUAAAGAUGAGCGAGCUGCUCGUACUCGUGCCUUUGGGGCGCGCUUUCUGUCGAUGAUUGAUCCUCACCUUCUCCUCAUUGACAGGCUUCGCUCUAAUCCACUGCUAUGAAGAUGCGUCCUCGAGCACUCAUUCUUUUGGCGCCACUUACUCUGGCUGGGAAAGUGUCCCGGAAACAGCACGCCAUCUCGACAAACCAGGGGCUAUUCGGCAACGUAUUGGCUACCUGUCCGUCAGGCUACGAAGUUUGUGAAGAUGGGUGUAUGCUCUCUGGAGACAACUGCUGCAACGAUGGCACAGGAGAGUCGUGCGAUCGGGGUUACUAUUGCAUACCAGAUUAUUGCUGCCCUAAUGGCGAAGUUUGCGACUGGGGUCCCGCCGAAGACACAUGCGACUUCAUAGAACUCCCCUGUGGCGACAACUGUGUGCCAUGCGGCAACUUUUGCAUGCCUAUUACUGGUACCUGUUGUAGCAGUGAGGGGACAUACUGUCCUGACUUCGGAACUUGCACAAGUGGUGAUACCUGCUGCUACCUCGGCGAUGAUUGCGAAGACAGCGAUGUCGAUUCCACUGCCACGCCCACCUCUAAAGGCCUGGCUACCUCAUCAGUAACUCCAAGUGGUAGUAACGACGGUGAUGGUGAAGCCGAUCAUGGAGACGACCAGACCUCAUAUUCGUUCAUGCCCACCCCUACAGGCUUCAGUUUUCCUACGUUGCCAACAAGCAAUGGUAAUGGCACCUCUAAGACUACACAACCUUCUGUCACUGUCACUCGCACCGCGACAGUCACGACCACUGCCACUCCCUCUUCCAAUACACUCAGCGUUGGACAAGCUGGCGGUUACCGCAGGGCGAAUGGGCUAGCUUUCACCGGCUUCGUAGUGGUCGUUGCACUCUUCGUUUAACAGCACCUUUAGCAUAUAAACACGAGGUGGUUACAAAUGUAUAACCCUGGGUCAUUAGGUAUGAUCGUAUAGUUUGUGGGGAAGACAGCCCGUUUGUCAUAUCGGUAAAACAAAGUUGGAAUAAGCAAUGGCGUUGGAAGGAGGCUUAAGUAAGUUCUUGUUGUAAUUAUACCUUCGAAUUGAAAUAUACACCAUGCUCUCACGCAUCGCUACGCUUAGUUGAGCAUAUCCGUCAAAUACUAUGUUAGUAUAUUUUCAUAGACCCAGGUGUCGU